AUGGGACAGCACCCGGGAGAGUUCAUAUCUUUUUUAUCAUCCUCAACAACAACAGCAGCAUUGCAAAGCAAUUCUGAUUUGUUUUUGAAAGAUCUGCUCGACCAACGGCUUUCACCUCCAACUGGCCAAAUAGCAGACGGAGUGGUGUUUUUAGUAACCAUUGCAUUAGCAUGCACACGGGCCUCACCACAGUCGAGGCCUAAUAUGCGUUUUGUUGCACAAGAAUUGUCAGCUAAGACUCAGGCUUACUUUCCAGAGCCACUGGGAGCAAUAACAAUUGGGAAAAUAACAAAUUUCCAGAAAUAG